UGUUUACAUUGAAGUAGUUCAUUUCGUUCAUAGAUCCAAAGUUCCAAUGCUCGAUAAUAGUUCAUUUGUAUCUUUCUCACAAAUGUCAAAAUUUUUGUGUAAACAAAAUCAAUAUUUUUUUCUAAAAAAUGGCUUAUAAUUUCAAAUCUGAGAGUGAAAUAAAGGAUUAUAUCAAUAAUUUGGGAAUAGAAUACAGAUUCGGAUGUUAUAGUGAAAAAAAACCGGAAGUGUGCCAUUUAUUAGCAGAUUUUUUAGAAUCUAUCAAAAAAGAUUAUGAGAAAGCUGGAAAAGUGUAUAAAAACAACUGCGAUGAGUACAAAUAUGGGAAAAGCUGUCUCAAGUAUGGAACAUAUUCUUUAUUAGCAAAAGGUACCAAACAAGCAGAUUUCAAAUUAGCAUAUGAUUAUUUUGAAAAAGGGUGCAACUUGAAUGAACCAGAUUCCUGUUUGAAUCAAGGAUUACUAUUGAUUGCCAAAAAUGAUCGUCCCGAGAUACAACAAGAUGUAUUAAAGGGCAUGACACUUUUAGAGAAAGCUUGCAAAAAUAAAAAUGGAAAUGCAUGUUAUUAUUUAUCAGGAAUGUACAUAGUUGGUGUCAAGAAAGAUCAGUCUUCUGGUGGCAAUAUUAUACCAAAUUUGGUAGAUAAUUCCAAACCUGAAGAAUUUGACAUACCAAAAAAUAUGAAAAAGGCUUAUGAAUUUGCAUUGGAAGGAUGUAAUCUUGGGAACAUGUACAGUUGUGCAAAUUUGAGUAGGAUGUAUGCCAAAGGAGAAGGAGUACCUAUGAAUCAAGAUCUUGCUGAAAAAUAUAAAAAUAGAGCUUUAGAAAUGCAGAAGGAAGUGCAAAGUAAUAAAACUUUGACUUUUCAAGAGGGGUUAACCCCUACAUAGUUUAUUUUAUUAGAAUUUCUCAUUGUUUCCAUUGAUGCUAUUUGUUCAAGUUUUUAUAUCUUCCUUAUAGCAAUAAGUGACAUUUAGACCAAAGUAAUAUACAAAAUUUGUUCUUAGUAAAGUUUAUUUCAUAAAAAUGCAUAUUAAAAUAUUUAUUGUUAACAAUUUUUAAAUAAAAUUUUAUCACACUUCUGAUACCCUUGUACUACAUAGCUCAUAGAGAUUUUAUGAAUACAAAU